AUGGCGAAUUGUACAGACGCGCCCGCCGCCGUAGCGAGCGAUGCAGGGGUCGCCGGCAUUGGUGUCCUCCUCUCGUUCAUCGUGACCGCCGUCGUCGCCAUCGGCCUCAGCGCGACCCUGAUAUUUCAGGAGGCGCGCGGCCACUCCAAGCCCUCGGUGCUGCGCCGCAAGCUUCUCAACGCCUACUCUGACCAGCAGAUCCUGACGGGCAUCGGCAUCCAGUCGGUCGGGCUGGCCAAGAUCGACUCCAUGGUGCCCUACCACUUCUUCCUCAUCUGGAUGCUCUCGCUGCUGUCUAUGGCCGUCCACAACGCGACGCUGCUGGCGCUCGUCCACGACUUCCGCCGUGACUGGGUCCUGCGCUGGCUGCGCCAGUUCCUCAUGUUCGUCAACCUGGCGCUCUCGUGCGUCUACGGCGUCUUCAUCCUCGAGGCCGUCACGCACAAGAUCAACGACUCGACCUUCCCCAUCGCCUGCGUCUGGCAAGACGUUGGCGACAACCCGUCUGCCAACUCUGGCGGCGGCGGCGGCGUUAACGUCAGCCUCUCGUUCGUGGGCACCAUCGUCGUCAUCGCCGGAAACGUUAUCGUGUUCGCGCUGGCGACGUGGUAUCUGCACAGCCGGUCGCAGCGCUUCUACAAGACGAUCCAGAUCGCGGGGCUGGUGCUCAUGACGGCCAUCGCCAUCGGUGCCAUCGUGCGUGUCUCGCUGCUGGCCGACGCGUUCGCCUCCGAGCCGCCGAUCACGCUGCGCGACAAUGGCGAGGAGCAGUGGAGCUUCGGCCAGCUGCUGUCCGUCGGCAUGCUCCUUCUACCGCUGGUCUCGGUGAUCGAGAUCCUGAGAGGCGAGAUCAGGUGCGCGCCGCCAGUGGCCGAUGCAGGUGAUGAUAAGCAGCGCCUGCUCGGGGACAGUGAGCUACAGUCGAAUCCAAAGGUGCGCGCUUCGUUUCAGCCGAAUCCCUUCUUUGGGUCGCAAGCAAACCUGUUUAAGAAGUGA